UCUUGCUUAUUGCUCUGCACUUUGCUCCCUAUUUAUGCACUUUUCUCAGAUCUCUCUAAGAUUUUAACUUCAGCAGAUCAGCACAGUGCUCAAACAACACAUUUUUUGGGGGGGAAAAUGUAGACUCUUUGCCUCCCACUGCCAGCAGCUUACAUUCCGGAGACGAGAAAACACAGCUGUCUACAUUCAAACAGACAAGAGAAAAUGCCUCUCGUGGAAUCUACUUGUUGCAUGAACUGCCACAGACUUCCACAAAGAAUUGUGGUUCUUGAAGCAAAGUUAUUUGCUGGACUUCCAAAACAGGCGGAACACACAGCAGAUGGUAAUCAUGGACCCCCUCAACAUACAGCCGGUGAGUCCUGUGAAUCUCAACAGUUUAUACCAAGUGUAGAGAAACAAGCCAAAACUGAUUGACAUACUAAUCGAUGGCACAAACAGGGAACAAGACCCAAAGGCACUGGACACAUCAGAUUGCCACGAGUAUCUCGUAUUGCUGCCAUAGCAUCCUCUACCCCAGAUACGGCUAUGACAAGACUUGUAAACACUGGUAUUCUACCACCCGCUAUACAUCUUGAGAACAGAUUUGAAGCAUUAAUGAAUGUGGGAGAGGAAUCCCCAAAUGUGAUUGAACAUAGAUCAUAUCAGCCAGCAGCUAACAUCGUUACUAACAAAUGCUCAAGGUCAAGCAGACAGCGGCAUUCAGCUCAGAGCGCAGCCGAGCCCAGGACUCUGAUAGUGGGCGACUCUAUUAUCAGAAACAUCAGUAGCAGGACUACAACUACAUGCUGCUUUCCUCAAGCAACCGUCUCUGAUGUGAACAAGGAACUUCGGAACAUUCUGAUGAAACACAAGACUGCAAAUCAAAUCAUCAUCCAUGUGGGGAAGAAUGAUAUUCGGAAAGAGAAGUCAGAACUGCUUAAGAAGGAUUUCAGUGAACUCUUUGAAACACUUCAAAGACUUGAAGUUCAGACGUUCAUCAGUGGACCACUCCCAGCAAGGGGAACUAAUAUGUUUUCAUGGCUGCUUGGGCUGAAUACAUGGCUACAAAGAAUCUGCAGUAUAAAAGGAGUCAACUUCAUCAACAACUUCAAUCUUUUCUGGGGCCAUAGACAGCUGUUUAAACUGGAUGGCCUCCACCCAACCAAUCUUGGUGCAAGAGUGCUAAAGGACAAUAUCUAUUUCUCCCUCCGUCAUCCUUCAGUGGUGUGUGCCAAUCCACUCGGCCUGGAUGGCACACACACACCUAGUCAGAAUAUGAGUAACCACAGGACUUCAUAUCAGCUUCAGAGUCAUCAUAUGGUUGACACAACCCACAAGGACAUUUAUAACGCCAUGCAGCCAAAACAAGCUCUCCUCAUGGAGACUAUCCCGGCUGAGCCCUGCCCACAGAGCUCAUCACAAACAGAUUGUGACAUAUUACAUCAGCUACAAGACUCAGCACCCAAGGACGACAUUCUGGAAAACAGCCAGGACAACAUAUCACAGCCACGGGAAACACCAGAGCCAGAGCCCCGCUCACCAGACACAUUAUCCCUCUCUCCAGCAUCUCCACUUCUAAGCUUCUCACAGAAAAUGGAGGAACUGGUGUAUGCUGGGACCAAACUCUCCCAUUCUUUCGCUGCAAGCCCCUAGAUAUCAACUAAAAAACGGCGGGCCCCUCAACCACCAAAGACUGCAGGCCCAGAUCUCCCUCCUCCUCCUGUGAGAGCUCUUCGGCUGCUGCCACAACGCCAGGGCCCAAACCCUCCUCCAUCGGCUCAGGGUGGAUUAUUGUAAUGGUCUCCUCACCGGCCUUCCGAAGAAGACCAUUAGACAGCUGCAGCUCAUCCAGAACACUGCUGCCAGGAUUCUGACUAGAACCAGAAAAUCUGAGCAUAUCACACCAGUCCUCAGGUCCUUACACCGGCUUCCAGUUACAUUUAGGAUUGAUUUUAAAGUACUUUUACUCGUUUACAAAUCACUCAGUGGCCUAGGACCUAAAUACAUUGCAGAUAUGCUCACUGAAUAUAAACCUAACAGACCACUCAGAUCAUUAGUAUCGAGUCAGUUAGAAAUAGCAAGGGUUCACACAAAACAAGGGGAGUCCGCUUUUAGCUAUUAUAGCUAUCCUCAGUUGGAACCAGCUUCCAGAUGAGAUCAUAUGUGCUAAAACAUUAGCCACAUUUAAAUCCAGACUCAAAACUCAUCUGUUUAGCUGUGCAUUUGUCAAAUGAGCACUGUGCUAUGAGCACUAGUUGUGCAACUUGCACUAAUCAUUUUCUAUUCUUAACUGUUUUAAAUUCUUUUUAAAUCAAUUUUUAUAUCUUGUUUUUAUUAUUAUUAUUAUUUAAUUCCUUGUUUUUAUUGUUGUGACUUUUUUUUCACUUCCUUUUAUGUAAAGCACUUUGAAUUACCACUGUGUAUGAAAUGUGCUAUAUAAAUAAACUUGCCUUUAUGGAUUACCCCUUUUGACAAGCUCUUUGGAUUCUGUUCGCCGAUCGAAGACCCACGCUUGUCCUAGGAUUACUCUUUGUCUUGCCUGUGUUGUACCAGUUUGCCAUUGUCUGAACCGUGCCUGCUUUAUGACCACGUCUCUGAAUAAAAGC